CGGACACUGCCAGGCAAGAUAGGCAGCCAACGUUGCGGGAUCGAAUUGGAGGGAUUGGGAUGUUUCUGGGGUAGGUUGGUAUGUAAUGCGCCGGUAUCAUCGGGGGCUCGUUACUCACCGCCCGGGCCUAUGACGCCACUGGCCGACCCUGGCUGCCUGGGGCUGCCCGCUGAGUCAGGGUUCCUGGCCAAUGGCGGCGCCACAUUGCCGCCUGCUGCAUUAGGUAAGUUGGUACCUCCCGCCAUCAUCGACCGUUGACUGUUAUCGGGCGAUCUGCCUGGAGCUUGCUUCCACUCCCUCCUUGGUACUGUGUCGGCUUCAACAGAGGUCUGUUCCUGAAGUACCUAGGUCGUGAACUGGCCAUCUCUUCAGCCUCAUCUCAGAGAUUUAUCCUGUCGGCUAGGAUUCUCUCCAGCCCCUCCCCGUCGCUGCUACCCAACGUCAUAGCGACCCUAGGCUCCGCCAUCGUCAGAUCAUUCAUCCAUUGCGCACCGGCAGCAUGGCGGGGUGGUUCUCUUCAACCUCACCGAUCGAGGAGCAGGUGGAAAAGGCGACCGCAUCGUCACUGGAAGACAUUGCUCUUAACCUAGAAAUUUCCGACCUGAUUCGAUCAAAGAGUGUUCAGCCCAAAGAUGCUAUGAGAUGCUUGAAGCGACGCUUAGAGAACAAGAACCCAAACAUACAGCUGGCGACUUUGAAGUUGACAGAUACAUGCGUGAAAAAUGGCGGCACGCAUUUCCUGGCGGAAAUUGCGUCGCGUGAAUUUAUGGAUAACCUCGUCUCACUUCUCAAGACCGAGGGGGCACCGCUGAACUCCGACGUGAAGGCAAAGAUGCUAGAACUAAUCCAGGACUGGGCCAUGGCAGCCCAAGGCCGUAUGGACUUGAGUUACGUUGGGGAAACGUAUCGGAGGCUGCAGGAUGAAGGCUUCCGCUUCCCACCCAAGACCCAGAUUAGCGGAAGCAUGCUGGAGAGCAGCGCGCCUCCUGAGUGGAUUGAUUCCGAUGUCUGCAUGCGAUGCCGUACUCAGUUUAGCUUCAUGAAUCGCAAACACCAUUGUCGCAAUUGUGGGAGUGUCUUCGAUGCGCAGUGCUCCAGCAAAACCCUCCCCCUGCCUCAUCUCGGAAUCUUGCAGCCUGUUCGGGUCGAUGACGGAUGUUACGCCAAGCUGACCUCCAAGCCAUUUGUAUCAAGCGGCCUUUCGGAUCGGUCCGCAUUCAAAAACAAUUCUAUAACAAAAUCCAGCGUGAUGGAGCCGCGUGGAGCUAGGGCAGAAGGGGGAUUUGACGAUGAUCUACGUCGGGCUUUGCAGAUGAGCUUGGAGGAAGCACAGAACAAGGGCUCAAGUGGCUAUGUCCCGCAGGCUUCGACCGUCCAGGAGCCACCCAAAGCACCCAGUCAGCCUGUCAUAGAAGAAGAGGAUGCGGACUUGAAGGCUGCUAUUGAAGCAUCGCUGCGUGACAUGGAACAACAUAAACAAAAACAUGCGGCCGCUUUGAAGAAUGCACCGUCUACAGAUGUCCCGUCCCGUCAGACACCAAGUGCAACACCUUUGCCUAAAAACCCUUACGAGCUCAGCCCAGUGGAGGUAGAGAACAUUCACCUUUUCGCCGCUCUCGUCGAUCGGCUUCAGCACCAGCCUCCGGGGACCAUACUACGUGAACCUCAGAUACAGGAAUUGUAUGAAAGCAUUGGAGCCCUUCGUCCCAAAUUGGCGCGGAGCUAUGGAGAGACCAUGAGCAAACACGAUACACUCCUUGACCUACAUGCGAAACUCUCGACGGUUGUUCGAUACUAUGAUCGCAUGCUCGAGGAGCGUCUAUCCAGCGCUUACUCACAACAUUCGCUAGGUUAUGGAUCUGUCCCUGGUGGAUCGCCAUAUCCCAGCAUCUAUCCGUCAAUGCCUGCUCCUCCGACUGAUGGGAAAACUGGAUCUGAAAAUUAUUACUACGGGAAUCCGGUCGCUGAGAAUCACCAAACCCCGACCACGCCGUACUCUCAGCCUCAACCCGACAGGGAAUUGCAUGAACGAGUUGGCACACGCAGCGGUGCCAUGAGUCCCAGCGUAUACGCGUAUCCCUCCCAGUCUAACCCACCCACCAUGCCUUGGAACGGAAACGCUCAUGGUGUCGCAUCUCCGCAACCUUCAAGCGCCAGUAUGGCUUUUCCCAACAACCCUUCGGCUUACCCCGGACCCGCUGCUCCGACUCAGUUCUACGCCCCUCCACAACCCGUGGAACAAGACACAAAGCCGGUUCAACAUCCCAGACAGUUUGAGCCAGAUAUGCCUUACCAGCCGUCACCUAUUUUGCAACGUGAUGCGCAACAUCAGCCAUCUGCACUACCAGCACCGGAUCUACCCACUGACCAAGUGUCAGCUUCCAGCUACAUGCAUUUAACGGAUCCCCAUCCUAUGCAACCUAGUGGUCAAGUGCUUCAGCGUCAGCCCACCGACCCGUCCGGUGCAUCGUUCUACGCUCAGCCGCAGCCUCCACAGGGAUCUCCGUUCCCGCCUUACCCCCAGGGAACACCUGGACACCAGGGCCCAUCCGUUGGAGAUGUGUCCCCGGUGGGUAUGGCGCCGACUCAUGCACAGUAUCAACAAUCGGCACCGAGCCGGCCACCGGUGGAAGAAAGUUUGAUUGAGCUGUAGAGGCGGGGGUGGGGCCGAGUUGAGCCUUUUUCCCGUGUGAUGAUGCGGUUCCUUAAUUAUAUAGUCUUUUGUCUCACCAUGAUACCAAACGGAUUGGUUGUUUGCACGCCACGAAAUUGUCUCUGCAGUUCUCACAAUCCCACGGACAGAAGACGUUGGAGACCAUUGGUAGUGCUCAUCAUGUAGGACAGACGGUAGAUAGAUGACGCAUCCACUGGAGCCGG